UACAAAAUUCCCUUUCCCUGGUUUCUAGGAUGCUGUUAAAGAAGUUCGAACUUUUAGUCGAAGUCACAGUGCAAAAAAAAGUUGCGUUUUCUUUGCUGUAUUAACUGGGGAAUCUUAAAUAAUUGUGAACACUGAUCUUAACUUUCCAUGCUUGUAUUUCUUUCGGGUGUUAAUACGUGUUUUUGAAUGCACCUGAGUGCAUCACGAUGAAGCUGAGAAAUGUGAAGAAGCCAGCCUUCCCCUGGUUUGGGAUGGACAUCGGCGGUACUCUGGUGAAGCUGGUCUACUUCGAGCCUAAGGACAUCACGGCGGAGGAGGAACAGGAAGAGGUGGAAAACCUGAAGAGCAUCCGCCGCUACCUGACCUCCAACACGGCGUACGGGAAGACGGGCGUCCGAGAUGUCCACCUGGAACUGAAGAACCUGACCAUGUGCGGUCGGACGGGCAACCUGCAUUUCAUCCGCUUCCCCACGCAGGCCAUGCAUCGCUUCAUCCAGAUGGGCAGCGACAAGAACUUCUCCAGCCUCCACACCACGCUCUGCGCCACUGGUGGAGGGGCCUACAAGUUUGAGAACGACUUCAGAACGAUGGCUGAUUUAGAGCUGUUGAAGCUGGAUGAGCUUGACUGUCUGAUUCACGGCCUGCUCUAUGUGGACUCCGUGAGCUUCAACGGCCACCCUCAGUGUUACUACUUGGAGAACCCGUCAGACACCCAGAACAGCGUGAAGACCCCGUGCAGUCUGGCCGACCCGUUCCCUAUGCUGCUGGUUAACAUUGGAUCUGGGGUUAGCAUCCUGGCUGUGUACUCCAAAGACGACUACAAACGGGUCACCGGUACCAGUCUUGGUGGGGGUACGUUCCUGGGCCUGUGCUGCUUGCUGACGGGGUGUGAGACGUUUGAAGAGGCGCUGGAUAUGGCUAGCAGAGGGGACAGCAGCAAUGUGGACAAGCUGGUGAAGGAUAUCUACGGAGGAGACUAUGAGCGUUUCAGCCUCCAAGGAUCUGCUGUGGCCUCCAGCUUUGGCCACAUGAUGAGCAAAGAGAAACGAGACUCCAUUAGCAAAGAGGACCUGGCCCGGGCUAUGCUGGUUACCAUCACCAAUAACAUAGGCUCCAUCGCACGCAUGUGUGCCGUCAACGAGAAAAUCGAGAGAGUUGUGUUUGUUGGGAAUUUCUUACGGAUCAACACCGUGUCUACUAAGCUGCUGGCAUAUGCCAUGGACUUCUGGUCCAAGGGACAACUGAAGGCCCUGUUCCUAGAACACGAGGGCUAUUUUGGAGCGGUUGGGGCAUUACUGGAGCUGUUAAAGUCGUCUGAGGAGCCAUGAAGACAUGCCCAUGUCGUCUGUAUAGAAGCUGCUGAAAGGUUGUCACGGAAACCACCACAAGAAACUGGGAAGAACUGGGAACAGCCAUUUAAUAAUCGAACUGUAAAUAUCCUUUCACUCCCUUCCCUAAAAUCCCCUCAAAUAGAUGUUUUAAUAUGACUAAUGUCCCAUGUCAUGAACCCUGGGUGGCAGGUAAAUGCUAAGGAGCACAGAAACGGUGUUCGUUUUUGGCACUGUGUGUAAAUACCUAUGUGUGUAGUAGUUCUAGGGUGCACUAAAGCCAAAACCUGCUGAGAUUUGACUUGUGUUGACAGUCCAGUUAUGUCUGAGGUAGAGAGGAAAAUGUGCUUAUGUGCUGUCCAGCAAUGUAAAAAAACAAAAACAAAUGUCAGACAGGGGGGGUUUAGUUUAAUUCGUAUCAAAUGAAGGGACCAAGAUGCUGUUUCAUCGUCAUGGGCUGGCCCUUUAAUUCAGUGUGUCACACCAAGGGUCCACUCUCCGUUCGCCUGUGACACACCCAUCAUCAUAGCUUUAUUAUCAGAGCAUGGUUAACAGCGAUGGGGAUGUUUAAAAAAUAUAAAAACAAAACAUUGGUUCAGCAACUUCCUCAAACUCUCUUUUUAGUGAUGGAGUUCUGUGAUCUGCUAGUAUGUCAGUCACUUUUGAAAGAUAUGCCAUGAUCUUGGUACGUUGGUUGUUUUUCGAAGAUGCUGCACUACAGAGAUGAAUUAUGAGUCUGCCUUUCCUCACUAAGAAAGUGCCUCAUCCUCUCCUAUACCAGGCCCAUGACGACACCCACUCUACAGACAGUGUAGAAUUGCCUUGUGUUUGAUUUGCCUAGUAAGGACUUGUUGGUGUUUUGUAUCUGUAGUUGUAAGAAAGGGACAUAACUACUGCCAGCAGUUAGUCUAUAUAGGGAUUUAAGAGAUUUGUCUUCCUGUGUCUGUGGGAGUUCCUCACCCAGUACAAAGGGUCCAUUACCUGCAGUUUGGACAGGAAGUCUCUCAUUUGGCCCCCAAAGUAAUUCUCAUAGCUGCUAUUUGUUUUCUUGUUCUAGUCAUCAGUUAAAACUAUUCAAUGUGAAUGUGCUUGUAACUAAAAGAUUGAAUGACCACCACAAUACAUGUAUUAUCGGUUGGUCUAGGUAUUUCAAACGGCAGCAUUAACAGUGUUGUCCGGGGUAGGCCGUCAUUGUAAAUAAGAAUUUGUUCUUAACUGACUUGCCAAGUUAAAUAAAGGUAAAAUAAAAAUUAACCGAGCGCCAAGUAUUCAAAAGAAACAUAUAAAUGUAUUUCAUCCAUCAACUUCUUCUAAAUUGCUUUGUUAGAAUAAUACUGUUGCAGCCAAUGUCUCAACCUUUGGCAUUAUGACGUCACACAAUGUUCUGUUCUGUCGUUCCUUUUCGUUCCAUGUUGGUUAGUGGCUUCAUCCUGUCAGGUGCCACUCUGUUGUUAAACCGGGUAGCAGUUCACUUACUGGCUACUCUGUGCCAUCCUCUUCUCAACUCAACCCUAUGUGUUGCCUUUGUUGUUUUUAGUGGAAAUAAACUGAACAAAAAUAUAUAAAACGCAACAUCCAGACUGUAUCACAAUUGGCCCAGCGUUUUCCGGGUUUGGCCCGGUGUAGGCCGUCAUUGUAUGUAAGAAUUUGUCCAUAACUGACUUGCCUAGUUAAAUAAAGGUUGAAUAAAAAAUAUAUAUAUAAUAAUUAGUGUUGCGCUAAUUUCAUUUACUUCAUGAGCUGAAAUAAAAGAUCCUAGAAAUUUUCUGUACGCACAAAAUGAUUAUUUCUCUCAAAUUUUGUGAACAAAUUUGUUUACAUCCCUGUUAGUGAACAUUUCUCCUUUUGCCAAGGUAAUCCAUCCACCUGACAGAUGUGGCAUAUCAAGAAGCUGAUCAAACUCCAUGAUCAUUACACAGGUGCACCUUGUGCUGGGGACAAUAAACCGCCACUCUAAAAUGUGCAGUUUUGUCGCAAAACACAAUGUCACAGAUGUCUCAAGUUUUGAGGGAGCUGGCAAUUGGUAUGCUGACUGUAAGACUGUCCACCAGAGCUGUUUCCAGAUAAUUGAAUGUUAAUUUCUCUACCAUAAGCUGCCUCCAACGUCGUUGUAGAGAAUUUGGCAGUACGUCCGACUGGCUUCUCCACCACAGACCACGUGUAUGACGUUGUGUGGGCAAUGAGUUUGCUGAUGUGAAUGGAGUGCCCCAUAGUGGCGGUGGAGUUAUGGCAUGGGCAGGCAUAAGCUACAGACAACGAAUACAUUUUCAUUUUUAUCAAUUAAAAUUUGAAUGCACAGAGAUACUGUGAUGAGAUCCUGAAGCCCAUUGUCGUGCCAUUCAUCCGCCACCAUCACCUCAUGUUUCAGCAUAAUGCAUGUCCCCAUGUCACAAGGAUCUGUACACAAUUCCUGGAAGCUGAAAAUGUCCCAGUUCUUCCAUGGCCUCCAUACUCACCAGACAUGUCACCCAUUGAUCAUGUUUGGGAUGCCCUGGAUCGACGUAUGACAGUGUGUUCCAGUUCCCGGCAAUAUCCAACAACUUUUCACAACAUUCGGUGAUCACACCAGGUUUUCUGAUCCAUGCCCCUACUUUUAUUUUAUUUGAAAGACCCAACAGAUUCAAAUCUGUAUUCCCAGUCGUUGCGAAAUCCAUAGAUUAGGGCCUAAUGAUUUUAUUUCAAUUGACUGAUUUUCCUUAUAUGAACUGUAGCUCAGUAAAGUGGUUAAAUGUGUUUGCGUUUUCUAUCUUUGUUCAGUGUACAUGUGUGUGCCAUACAUUAUCUUCAUUUUGUUGUUGUUGUUGGUGUUUUCAUAUAAAGUGCUUACGCAUCAGUGUGGCUGUUUGUGAAGGCUCCAGUUAGGCCUAUUGUAAAAUCAGAGCGCCACUGCAGCCAGCUGCCACAUGGCGUUCAGCCAGGUCAGUACAUUUCAUUCAUCAGCAUGGGUAUUCUGACUUUAUUUUUAAUUUUUAUUUUUCACAAAAAAAUCACAACAAUCCAAUAUUUUUUUUUUUUUUUUUUUGUCGAUUUUUUUUAAACAUUGAUUUUUGUGAUUGUAUGUAUUUGUUGUUCUAUAGCCAGUCUGCUCUGAGUUAUUCCAACUAUGCCCUGUUCCCAAACUUUGCAUGUGUGUUCUUAUGAUUGGAUUAGACCGCACAUUAAUUAGCCCCUGGUACUAGUCUGGAUCAAUGGCUAAACCUUGGAUUACCAUUUCGUUAUUUAUUACUCCCAAUAACGUUUAAAAAUACAUUUGAAAAGCAUUUCCCAAUUGUACAUGUGUAUCACAACUACUGAUAAGAUGAAAUGAUGAAACUCCUCAAGUCUCUAAACCAAGGGUGUCAAACUCAUUCCACGGAGGGCCUAGUGUCUUCUGGUUUUUCCUUUUAAACUAAGACCUAGACAACCCAGGUGAGGGGAGUUCAUUACUAAUCAGUGACCUUAAUUCAUCAAUCAAGUACGAGGGACGAGGGGAAAACCCCGCAGACGCUCGGCCCUCCGUGGAAUGAGUUUGACACGUGCUCUAAACAAUGUCCUGGAAUGAUGUCAGUGACUGAUGUCCCUGUGCUGUGAGAAGGCAGUAUUAGCAAAUGACGUUUCUCUUUUUUUCUCAAAGUUCUAAUUUCCUGGCCAGUGAAAUUGUUGAGUCUAGUUUAAAAAUAAAGUAUUUUUCCUUUUUCAGUGGUCCAUAUGCUAUAUCCAGGUAUUAGUCACACCCGAAGACCACCUACAAGUCUAGCAUUGAAGCAUUGUGACUACGCGACGGCUCUUCAAGUCAGUGUUUUAGUACGUUAAGUCUGGCUCAAUUACGAAGCUCCUCUUCUUCAGUGUUUACACACUGUGUUUGCGUAUCAUGAAUUUGAGCCAGCAAAACUGUGUUAUGUAAGACCUCCUGUUUGUACAGUAUUGUGUACGGAGAUAUUGCUUGCCACAGCACAAGGACAGCUAUUACUUCAUGCACCCACUUUAAGCCCAUACUAAAGCGCUAUUGAGUGAUUUGGUAUUAAAGCAGAAGUCUUAGUUUUCCCUUACCCUCUCAUUACAGUGUUAAUGAACAGGAGUCUGAUCUCUGAUAACAGAGAACAUGCUAUGCAGGAGCUUCAGUGUUGAUCUCUUCGUUAUAAUGUCCGAGCAAUGCUGCAAACUCUGCCAAUAACCCAAAAUUAGUAAGUGGUUGUUCAAAGCUGUUUUGUAUUGUUAAGAAUUAUGCAACAACAUCUGCUCUGAGAAUCCGGUUUUUAUCUUGAGUGAGAUUCUUCUGCUCGAGUCCUGCUGAAUUUGACAUAAAACAAUACUUUUAUUCUGGAAGGUUUUAGAGGAUGGACCUUCUAUCAUCGAUCUGAAUGUACACGGAGACCUAUAAAUAUAUCCACCAGCAAUCUCUGCUAACGAAAUGUCUAACCUGAUGGUUAUUUGCGGUGUGUAAGGCUGCGUUUAUACAGGCAGCCCAAUUCUGAUCUUUUGCCCAAUUAUGGGCAAAAGAGCUGAUCUGAUUGGUCAAAGGACCAAUUUAGUGGAAAAUGAUCAGAAUUGGGCUGCCUGUGUAAAUGCAGGCUUAGUGCUUAACUCUCUUGCUUAAGAAAAAUUACAAGAAAAGGAACACAAAAUAUUCUGUGUGCAAUGUGUGCGUACUGAAAUUGACAUUUUGUUUCUGAAAGGAAUAAAAUUGUACAGCUAUA